UAUGCUAUCAGAAUAAUUUUUUAAGAAUUAGAAAUAAAGAAAAAAAAAGAAGAAGGCAACACUCUUUUCUGUAUUUGAAAAGAGUUUCACUUGAUAAAACAUGCAUAUGGUACAUGCAGAUCAAUAAUAAAAUUAUUUUAUACUCUAUUAACUUUGUCGAUGAAUUAAAAUAAUAAAAAGAAGGAGUGAGUGACUUUCAAUAAAAGUUCCUAUAAAAUAUUGUUUAGCUUUCAUUAUUGUUUGAAACAUUGAAGACAUACUGUCUCUAAAGAAAUAAACUAAUGACUCGAAUUAUUACGAUCGUUUUUUUUCUAAUAUUUUAUACUGCAAUUCAUCUAGAAGGUUUUGCAUUGAACCGAAAUAAACGAGCUAGUACUCUUACUGAUCAACAGGUUCAUGAUACAAUUCAACUUAUGGGAAGACUCAAUUUUGACCCUACACUUGUACCAGAUGCUACUGUGCCACGAACAUUUGCUUGUUUCUUUGUGUUUGAUAAAGAUUCAUCCGAUGCGUUGAAUAAUAAUUUACAACUUGGAAAUGAAUAUGCAAAUAAAUUAGCAGCAUUAGCAUCACAAUAUACAGCUCAUGCUAAUAUAAUUGUACUCAAUGCAGGUGUUGAAAUGUGGUCAAAUGGCGAUCAAAUAUCAUUUACUGCUGACGCAACUAUCGAUGUUCUCUUAAGACGUUUUCAAAAAUAUUUAGCUAAGACACAAAGCAAACAAUUUGGAAAAGUUUAUACUGUUGGAAUACUUUCAGUACAGAAACCUUCGUUAUAUCUUCCACGCGGUUAUACUCAAGGACCACCCAAUACAACUUCGAGUGCUUCGAUCAUAACUUAUCGACCAUCUCCAUGGUCAAAUGCUGGCCUAGUUGCACAUGAAUUAGCACAUACACUUUCUGUUGUUCAUCCAGAUGAAUUACAAUAUUUAUGUGAAGAUUGCCCACGAUUACCAUUUUGUCCAUCAUCUACAUCAUUACCAAUUCCAGACGAAUGUCUAUGUAGCACAUCUAAAUUUCCAGCUCAACAAUGUCUUAUGACGUAUUCCUUUGGUGCAGCUACUCCAAAUGCUCCAAAAUAUACAUCAUGCGAUAUUAAAACAAUGAAUUUCUAUGCAUCCAAUUAUACCUGUCAAUAA